GUGCCCGCGCCCAGCCUGCCGCCCUUCGUGUGCCCCGACCUGGAGGAGCAGAGUCCGACGUGGGCGGUCGUGCUGCCCGAGGGCUGCGCGCGCGCGGGGGAUGUGGUGCGCUUCUGGGUGGACCGCUGCGGCCGGCUCUUCGUCAAGGUCAACGCCGGCCUCCCGCUCCUGCUGCGCAAAGGCGUGCUCAUGGGCGCCCCACUGUGGGCCGUGAUGGACGUGUACGGCACCACCAAGGCCAUCGAGCUGCUGGAUCCCACAGCCAGCGGGCUUCCCACAACCGUGCCGUGUGUCCUCAGCGACGAGGCUGUGUCUGAGCCUGAAGCCCCACCAGGAAAAGAGUGUGCCAUCUGCUUCCACCACGCUGCCAACACCUGCCUUAUCCCCUGCGGCCACACACUCUUCUGCAGCUCCUGUGCCUGGCAGGUCUUCAAGGACACCGCCAAGUGCCCUGUGUGUCGCUGGCAGAUCGAGGCGGUGGCCCCCACACAGGGUCCUCCUGCUCUGAGGACUGAGGGGGGUUCAUGAAAGGAGAAGGCUUCACAGUGUGGGUGGCAGAUUGUGUCUAGAUCUGAGCUGAGCCCUGCAAAGGGAGGAGGUGGAGAACUGCUCUCUUUCUGGAGAAGCAUCAAAAAGGCUGGUCAACAACACACGAAGCAGACAGAGGAAGGCGAAGGAGUGGCGGCCGCUUCCCCACCAUUUCCCCAACUGAUGUUUGGGUAGGGGCCAGUGGAGCAAAGAGAAACCCCUCUUUCUGCCCGUGCCAGAACUGUCCUUCUGAUGGGUGCUUUGUUCAGAGAGAGGCUAGCCUGAUCCCCCAUUCUGCAGCUGAGGAAGUUCAGGUAUCCGCCCCAUGUGUGGUGGAAGCCCUGUGCACUUGAAGUACUGAAGCACUUGGACUCCACCAGUAGCAGGAGGUGUCUAGGUGGAAUGUUCACUUCCAGUGUGUCUCUCAUGAAGUGGACUAUAGUUACCUGCACUGCCUGCCUUUCAGGGUGGUUGUGGGGUCCCAAUGAGAUCAUGCAUCUGAAGGUGACUUAAUACUUUGAAAGCAC